AUGUGUUUCUAUCGCGGAACCUUGUACGAGUGCAAGCACAGCGAGUUCGGCAAGAAGCUCUCCGAAUGCAAGGACCAGCGGGACUUCAUCGCGGGCACCUCCAAAGAAAAGGAUGCGUGCACUGAGCGUCAGAUCCAUUCAAUGAACCGUGUCCGCAUCGGUGCCAAGUGCAGAAAGUGUCAGCGUCUCGAUGCACUCCGGUCCCGCACAAGAAAGACGUUUUUGAGUCUUCAGGAGAACUUAGAAAAGCGCAGGACUGCUGUCAUCAAGUCCAACAAGGAGCCCUACGAGACCGGCAAGAAUUCUAGUGGUGUCGUCUUGUCUUCUGAUGAUGCCCCUGAGGAUAUUGCGCCUUGCGGAAAGGAGAAUGCCUCCAUCCAGUUUGACGACGAGACCCCUAAAUCAAAUGAGACCUUGAAUGCUUUCUCAUCUUUUGGUGUCUCUGGGAAUACUACCUCGUCGAAAAAACAAUAUGCUGCUUGA